AUGGAUUUACAACCACAAAUCGUAAUUGAUCCAAAAGAAGAAUUAAGAAUAGUCCUCAGGAUGAUUUAUUAUAAGCCUGAAGGAUAUUAUAGAUCAUGUAAAAAUUUAUAUAACAUAACUAAAAAACAUGGAUUUAACUUCUUUUAUAUAGAUGUAUGUGAAUGGCUAUCUAAACAAGCAUUAUAUCGAAUUUACGCACCAAGACCUGGGUAUAUUCCUAGACCUUCAUAUAAUAAUGUGGGACGUCCUAAUUUGAUUGAAAAAACAGCAAAACAUGUAGCUAAGGCAUUUAAGAAAGUAUACUCGAAUUCAAAUAUUCCUCUUGUAUGGCCUAGUACUCUUCAGGUAGAUAGAGGAGGUGAAUUUAUGGGUGAAUGCAAGAGACUUAUGAUAAAACAUAAUGUUAAAAUUCAAGUUGUCUAUUCUAAAAGAACACAAGAUAACACUGAUAUCCUUAUUGCUAUGAAUAAUGAAAAAAUGCGUCUACUUGGUAUGAAACCUGCUGAUGCUAUCAAGCUAAGAAAAACGCCUAAGGCAAAUGAAUCUUUACCAGCUAAUAGACCAAUUGGAGACCUAGAUUCUGAUAUCUGGGUUCCUAAACGAUCUUUUGUUUGA